CUUAGACUUAGAUAAGUAUAAACUCUAAUGAGCUAACGGGAUUAUGAGACCACACUAUCUAUACCUUGUAGGAUAGAAAAUAACUCCAAAAACAAUAUAAAAAAGAAAAAGAAUGUGCUAAAAAACGAAGAGGGAAUAAAAAAGGAGAACGAACGUGUGACAAAAAAGAAAAGAAAAUGGAAGGACACACACACACGGAAUAGUCCUCAUGGUCCGAGAGAUUAAUUCACUGAUAUCGGACAUGUGAUAAGCGAGAGAACAAGCAACCGCUGGCGGGCAUAUCGUGAGCUGCAUUUGACACCGGAACACCUGCUGCUCGGUCGUCCCACAGGGUCUAAAAGGGGGGAAACCUCUUAGACUAUACCGUAUUAUAUUUCUUUAAAAGACCUGCGUAUAAAGGCCUUGCACGAUUCUCUCUCUGGGGAUUUGGAGCGACAUGGGCGGCCGGAACGAGUGGACACUGUGGGUGGUGUUUUUCGCGGCGUGGGCGUGCGCGCGGGGACACCAGGUGGAGAACGAGAAUCUGUGGAAUCCGACGAUGGAGCAAGUGGAAUGGCUCCAGAAGUUUCACGGGAAUCCUGCAGAGCGAGCGGCCGAGGGCGUCCCCAAACUCCUGCUGGGGGAGCACUUGCCGCCGCGACAGAGCAACAAAAAGAGGGACCUCUCGUGGUUGGAAGGCAUCUACCUGCCGUCGACCAACGCGUCCCUCGUGAGUCCUGAAUGUGCCAGCGACGUACAGAAUAUCCUGAGAGUUUUGGAAUCAGAUGCACUUAUAGGCGUCAUUAUGCAAAAAGGACGUUUCUGGCCAAUAUUGCUACCCGACUCGUGGGGCAAAGUACCCGACGGCCUCAUCUACGGAAACUACCUGCUGUGGGGGAUGAUGGAGGAAUGCACUGGACUGAACGUGGACGAGGCUCUCGGUUUCCCGUGGAACUACAACGUCACCUUUCAGGGUCGCUAUUGCUUGGUCUCCACGGCUAGAAGCAAAGCCAAUGAGAGCGAGUUCGAGAGCAACUCUGACCUCCGAUUGGCCAGCGCACGAGUGGGCGUGGCUCUCACCUACCCGGCCACGCCCCCUCUCUUCCAGUACGGCACCUGCAUCCCGUCGAGCUGUACCAAGGAGGAUAUGGAGGCCAGUCUUAUGGAACGUCUGAGUGUGGCCGGAAAGGAAGUCAGUUACUUGGACUGCAAAGCUGAAGAUGAUGUCACGGCAUUCAACGCUGGAGAUAUUGUGUACAUUGUGGUGAUCUCGAUACUGGGGUUCCUGCUGCUGGCCGGAGCUCUCGCUGAAUUCAUCAUGAGUCAGACUGAUUCACAACACCUGAGGAAAGGCCCUCUGAAGUAUCUGCUCGUAUUUUCGGCUUACUCCAACUUCAACAAAAUUUUCUACAUCAACACCAAGGAGAAUCCAGCUGUUAUUUCCUGCUUGCAUGGCCUGAGAGUGUUGUCCAUGACCUGGGUCGUAUGGGGUCACGGCUACAUGUUCCUGUUGGGGGUCACGAAGAACGUCGUAGGAGCAACAGUGCUUGUAGACGAGGUGAUCGAGCAGAUAAUAGGAAAUGCCACCUUCAGCGUCGACUCAUUCUUCUUCAUGAGUGGUCUUCUUGUGGCUUAUGGGGUCAUGAGGGAGCACAAGAGGGCAGGUCGGGUCAACUGGAUUAUGUAUUACGUUCAUCGAUUCAUAAGGCUAGCUCCCCCGAUCGCCUUGACCGCAGGAGCCAUGGCCACCGUCGCCAGAUUCGCCCUGGUGGGUCCGUAUGGCCCGCAUGUCGAGAGAGGUAUCGUGGAGAGCUGCAAAAACUACUGGUGGGCUGACACGCUGUUCGUCGGGAACCUUCUGGAACAAGGACAUAUGUGCCUGCCGCAGUGCUGGUACACGGGAGUCGACACCCAGAUCUACGUCAUCUUACCCCUCAUCUUCAUACCGCUGCUCUGGAGGCCUAAAAUAGGUCUUCCAUGGAUGGGAAUAAUGACCGUCGUUUCCUUCGUAAUACCAACGGUGAUCUUUGCUGUUUACAAUGCCGUGCCUGCUCUGUUCUUCGCACGACCGGAAGUGCCAAUGACCGAGUUCGUGGACACUUACCAGAAGCCGUGGUGUCGAGCGAACGCCUACCUCGUCGGGUGCUGGGCGGGGCUGCUGAUCUUCAAGGUGUCGGGCAAGAAGGUCAACAUGACUUGGUGGCAGGCCCUCCUCGGCUGGCUCUUAGCAGCACUUGUGGCCUGCUUGGUCAUCUUCGGCGUGGCCAACUACAACACGACCGAUCACCCUGACCUUAUGCCACCUGCCGUCAGCGUCAUCUACGGAGGCUUCAGUCGAGGGGCGUGGGCGCUGGCUCUCCUGUGGGUGGUCUUCGCUUGUCACACCGGCUAUGGAGGUCCUAUCAACACGUUUCUUUCCCACCCUUCAUGGCAGCCGCUAAGUCGCCUCACCUACACGAUGUUCCUCACGACAAUUCCAGUUCAGUUUGUUUACUCAGGCGCUGUUUUUUUGCCCUUGUAUCUCGACCACCUGAAUAAAAUCGUUGAGACCUGCGGGUACCUGUUCAUCGGUGGGUUGUUGGCGAUUCUCCUGUCACUGAUGACCGAGGGACCUGUCUUGGGGCUCGAGAAGCUGCUCAUUCGUAGGCCAGGUCGAGGCGAGGAACCGAAGAAGGCAGAGUAAUCACGAGAUAAGCAAGAUCCAACUUAUCAAGCAUCUACACACAAAGACACGCUAAUUUUUGGAUGCUGCAUUUACGUAUAUAAUACUAGUCAUGUUCUUGCGUAUGAAUUCCAGGCGAAACAUAAUCAUCGUGACAACCUAACCUUAACCUUAGUUUCACCGAGAUUUUUUUUUUUUUUAUGCUUUUUUCAUAUUUUGUUUUAAUGAAAUGAAUGAAUAUAUGAAUAAUGAGUGCCGUGGAACAACAAAUAUAGAAACAAAAACAGCUGGCCUACAUAUAUUUAACCUGUUAGCAACCUCUGGCAAAAACAAGAUCACAACCCGAGGGCCAAAAGCAGUUGGAACAUCUUACAUAGGCCUAUGAACAAAAAUCAGGAAUUCUAGAAAUACUAGUCGCCCAGAAAAAAAUAAGAAAGAAUCAGACCAAUAAAGAUUUGAUAACUAGAUCCGCCUGAAGAUUGAAAGGGUUAAAAGAGAUUAAGAAAGUGUGAGAAGACGGAGGUUUAUUUUCACCGUGACCGGGAUCCACUAUAAGCAAGAAACCGAACAUUUUUGUCAAUAAAUUUUGUAAACUGAGUGUAUGUUAUAAUCGAAUGAAAAUGAAAGAUUGUUUAAUGCAGAUAUGUGUGAAUGAUAAUAGAUUAAAAGAUACUGUAUACUGUUGUUAGAUAAUAAAUGCUUAAACAAGG